CGCCGAUUCCGGCAAAAGGUGACGGGAGGGUUCGGUUCCAGGCUUCUGGGGUUACACCACGCUGAUGCGGCACACGUACGUUCCUCCAGUCUAGUCAAAAAGGAUUUUCGAAUCCAAAAAAAUGAACGGCCCGGUGAAUUUCUACAAAACACGCGAGAUAAUACGGCACGACGUCGAAGUGUCGGUUCCCAACAACAUGUACAAAAUGAAAAACAUCCACGACAAGAAGACCAAGGAGGGCCCAUUAGUUAAUCACGUUUCGCCAUUUCAAGAUUCCGUUAACAUUUCCAUGCAGGUUAAUCAGUUUUUAAAGAAACUCGAAGAUCAACCGGAAAUAAAUGGGCUGGAAGAACGACUUCGAAAUAUCAUUCGUGAGCUGGACGAGAUUCGCGAUGAUAUGUCCAAGCUGAAAGCCGCAGUCACGGGACAUGAACCGGUCGUGGUCCCCGAGUUAAAUGACAUGAUUGUCAAUGCGAACCCCUCGUUUCCGCCGUACGCCAUCCUCGCCCUUCAGAAAUUGUGUGCACCCGUUGUGAAUCUAGUAGUUGGCACGCAUACGCAUUCGUCCAUACCGUCACUUACACCUGAAGCGGAAAAUCUCGCGCAGAAGUUGAGGGAGUUUGUGCCACUAGCAGAUCUGCCGAAAAUCUCCCUAAGGCUCAUUUGGAAGAAUGUUGGUCCAGCCUGUGAAUUACUCGCGACUCAGCUACCGAUUUGCGGCGAGGCGAACGUGUUAAGGUACUUCGCCAGGGUGCUGCCCGGACUGUUUAUAUACGAAAAUAGUGAUAAUGUAACCGAUUUAGAUGCCGCACUUGACAUAGCCUACUGUUUAGUUCAAGCGAAAACAAAGACUGAACGUGCUUCCCAUCUGCAGUCAUUGUCCAAGAAGUUAGGAAAAAGUCAGUUUUUGUGUGCACAUGCCGAAAUUACCAUAGCCGAUAUAGCGGCGUGUUCUGCAAUUAAGCAGGUCGCACAAAAUGAAGUUAAUCAAACUAUGGGCAAGUGGUUAGUGAGAUGUGAACAAUGAAUUGUUUUAAUUUAAUAAAUUAAUCUGUUUGUCA